AACAACAGCAACAACAACAGCAAUUGCAGUAUUCUCAAUCAGUCAACAUUGCAUCACUUACUAGUGCGCGCAUAGCGAACCAUAGCACCCCUGACAGCAGCCGAAGUAGUAGCGGAGGACAGUGGUCCUUUCAAAACCAACUCUCGCCGCGUUCUGAACAAACCCCCAUCACUAUACCCCAGACGCUCUUUCUUGGCCAGUCAGAACCGGUGCAGUCGUUUUUUGGACCAGAUGGACAACAGGACGCGGCCUUUGGUUCUUUUACGUCUUCAUCAUUGCCUUAUCUUCCCAGCCAGCAACAGCAGCAACAGCACCACUACCAGCAGCAACAGCGAAUUGGACGCCCACUCUCGACGCAGAUGGGUCUUGCAGGAACCCCCGUGGUUGCUCCCCAGCCCACUCGCCAACGGGUCCUACAGCAAAACCAGCUUCACACGCCAGCAUUCCAUCCUCAGAAGCAACAGCAGCAGCAGCAGCAUUUCCAGCAGCAAUUCCAACCUCAGCCAUUUCAACCGCAGCCUGCGCCAGCGACACCUUAUCUUGGAGAUGGCGGAUUCACCCACAGCCACGUGCCGAUGAGUCGGUCCGAAUCUGAUGGCACACAGGCCAGUGUCCUCAAGAUCCCUCCCGGUUACUUCCCCAUAUAUAAUGGCAGCGAAUGGAUCAUGAUUUCACAUGCUGCGGCAGCUGCGGCUGGUAUUCCUCUGCCCAACCCGCAGACCAGUCCUUCGCAUGGCGUCAAUGGCAUCUCGACCAACCAUCGGUCCUCUGUCGCCCCUACGCCUCGAUUCGAUGACCUGACACUUCCUCACUCGGAAUCACCGCCAGCGACUGCGACCUCCAGCCGCCAAGGCAGUGACGCUGGUCGGACCGCAACCGGGGGAACCGUAUUAUCACGCACCGGAUCCGAAUCUCGACGUGGCUCGAUUCCGCCACUAACGGCAUCUAGUCGCGCCUCUAGUCCUGCGGAUUACAGAGCAGUCAACAAGAGUCCAACAUCUGCUUCGCCCAGCUAUCAGGGCGUACAGCAAGAGUCGUCCAUUACCGUUCAGGAGAAUCUGGAUUUCCUGGAACUCUUACAGAAAUACGAUUACCUCAAUGCCUGGACUCGUCAUGGAAAAUCCAUGACAGAAAGCGAAACUGGAAGUCCUGUGGACGGUGCAAGCACCCCCAAGAAGCAGGAACCAUUUGAGAAAUCGCUUGCAUUGAAGGAAAUCACGGAAUGGAUUGAGGAGCAUAAAGACUAUCUCUUGAGGGAGCAACCUGACCUUCUCGUUCCAGGGCAGAUAGACUUCGGUAAUGUCAAUCCUAAAGCGGAAGCUAUUCGCAAGACUAUUAGGAUCGAGAACCAUGGACCACGAAUCACGCAGAUUCAGGCGCUCAAGAUCAUCCCUAAUCCCUACGAUCAACUGAUAUGCCACUCACAGGAUGCUAUCUACGCCCAUCCUGCCAAUGGCACCGAGCCAAUGUUUGGCAAUAUUGAGAUUUCGUUGGCUACUGGAUCUAACCUCGGAUUCUUCUCGAGCUGGCUGCUUAUCUUGGUAAACGAGUCGUCGUUGAUCGGCCGAAAGAUCACCUGGAAUGUCACCAACAAUACGCAGCUUGACCGAGAGAUGGACCCAUAUGCCAAGGCGUACACUCCGCAGUGGCUACGCAAUCUCAACUUGGUCAAGCCGCGCAUGGUCAUCACUGGGGAAUCUGUGGAAACUAUCGACUUCCAUGAGUACUUGAAGUCGGCUGGCCAUCCAUGCUAUAAGAAACACAACGGCAAGUUCUCACUGGAACCCCCGGUGGUGGAGUCGCUCGAGAUGAUUCUUCCAGGACAGAUCACCAUCGAUUUGUCAGCCGACUGCUACGCUUCGCGUCUGUUGCCCCUACUUCAAGUGGAGCAGCAUCUUGUAGAAGAUGAUGUGUCGACAUACAACCUCUUCAUGGUCGAGAUCAAGCUAUAUGAUGCUGCGUCCAACUACUUCCAGAUCCAAGUUGGAGGGCUUUCCGAAAAAUGCCCCUUGCUUCUUCGGGGUGACGCAAUCAUUGUUCGUCAAGUGACAAACGGCGUUUUUACAGGAAUUGAAUACAGGACAUUUGUUCACGGAACCAACAUGCGAAGCAAUAGCGUUUAUGUCCAUCUUCCAAUUGGAGCCCUGCCAUCCUUAGUUCAAGAACGAUGGAACGUCCAGUUCAAGGUCAGCAACAGCAGAAUAAGGGAGAUGUAUCGUGCAGUCGGCGGCGUUCAGGAAUUCAUUGGUUAUCACCCUCGGAAUCCCAAUGGCGAUGGAGAAGGUGACCAGUUUUACUCGCCUCGCUCGCUCCUGUUCCCGAGCAUUCACGACUCGAAGCCAAGACUCAAGCUGCCAAAUCUUACGCUUGAGUUUGUGGAUCCUUCCCUGAACUGGGAGCAAAAAGUAACUGUCCAGAGAAUUGUGAGGAAUGAUUAUGGUCUUGUUCCAUUCAUCAUAUCCGGUCCUCCAGGAACUGGCAAGACCAAAACAUUGGCAGAGACGGCCCUCCAAAUUCUUAUGAACGACACCCAAUCGCGCAUUCUGAUAACGGCACCAUCUCACUCGGCCUGCGACACGAUUAUGAACCGACUUAUACCCUACUUGAAGCCCCAAUACUUGUUGCGACUGAAUGAUCCCACUCGCACAUUUGCAGAGGUCCCAUCCCAGAUCAUGCCGUACUGCUACGGAUCUGUGUACUUCAAUAUGCCGCCAUUGGAUGACCUUCUACGAUUCCGCAUCGUGGUCUGCACUUGUGCUGAUGCUGGACUCUUGAUAUCGGCCGGUGUAAGCAACCAGAGUCUUCGCGAAUAUCUGGCUCACAAGGGCCUCACCAAUGAAGGCGAACAGAGGCGCUCACACUGGACUCAUUUGCUGAUCGACGAAGCUGCUCAAGCGAUUGAACCCGAAACUGAUAUCCCAUUGCUCUGCAUCUUGGAGGAGACAGAGAUACCGCCUCAGAUUGUCCUUUGCGGUGACCACCAGCAGCUCGGGCCUAAGACUUUCUUACCCGAAUUGCAAAUGUCGUUCCUGGAGCGACUCAUCACAACUGAGCCGUUGUACAGAGACCAUCCACAGAGCCGGCAGUUUGCGCGACCAAAGGGAAAGAUUGGCACGCAGACUGUGAAGAACAAGGAUACCGAGUAUCUGGAGAAGACCAUACCGUGCUUCGCUAAUCUUGUCCAGAACUAUAGGUGCCACCCCAAGAUGCUCAUGAUGCCGUCGACCAUGUUUUAUAACGAUACGCUGCUUGCGUCUGCGGAUGAGGCCAAGAUCAACUCGAUGCUCGGCUGUCCUAUCCUGCCCAACCCGGACUGUCCCAUCGCCUUUGUUGGUGUCCAUGGCGUGGAUGCUUCUCAUAUCGAGGAAGCUGUCUCUUGGUACAACGAGGAGGAGGCGGAGAAGGUGGCGUCGAUCAUCGAAAGUCUUUUUGCGGGAUCCAAAGAAGAAGACAAUCCGUUCCAGGUCAAGAUGUCCGACGUUGGUGUAAUCGCUCCUUUCAGGGAACAGGUCAAGCUCCUGCGUCAAGUGCUUCGAUCGAGGGGAUACGCGGGUGUGAAUGUUGGAACUGUAGAGGACUACCAGGGACAGGAAUACAGGAUCAUGUUCAUUUCAACAACAAGGAGUCGUGCAAAGUACUUGGAUCAGGAUGUACGUCAAGGAUUGGGCCUUGUUCAUUUCAGAAAGAGAUUCAAUGUCGCUCUAACUCGAGCGAUGGCUAUGAUGGUCAUCGUGGGCAACCCAGAGUUACUGGUGCUUGAUGAACACUGGGCGAACUAUCUUCAUUUCUGCCUGCGCAAUGGCGCUUACACUGGCUGCCCACUACCCGACUCUAUUUUGAAUGCUCAUGCAACGGGACAGAAGGGAGGAUCAAUUGGGCGGCUUGAGAUGAAUUCAUUCGUGUCGCAGUUUGUGGAGAAUUUGGACCGCCGCCGUUGGCUAGGCGGGAAUGCAGACAUUGAGCAGGAAGGCUUUAUUGUGGUGCCGUCGGGAUCGGAUUCAGGGCUAGAGGAUGACGAGGACAACGCGGAGGAUGACGAAGGACUUGCUCAGAGCGAAAGUCAGAAUGGAUACGAGCAAAGCAAGGAUUAUAAUGAGAGUCUCGAGGGUUUGAGCCAUGCGUUGAGCCAUGAGCUCGAUUUGAACGAGGAGCUAGCACAGGGUGGGGGCCAGCGCUAUGGCAUGCAGGACACAGCGAGAAUCAAUGAGAUGAGCCUGGAUGACAGUGACCGAGGGGAGGAAGAGGAUGAUGAGACCCGGGCAGCAAGAGAACGGCUUGCUAUCGGGUCCCUGAUUAUGGACGAUGACACGCCUGAGCUGCAGAAAUUGCUGCUGAAUCGUAGUACCACGCUUUCGACUCGCAGUCAUGAUGGAACUGGGGCAGGCAGAUUCCCGGGCGACAAUCGAUUGUACAGUCAUCGAGCAACCAAUUCAACUGUAAGCAGUCUAGGAAAUUCACUUGACGGCAAUAGCUCGUUGUUCAGGAACCAGCAGCAGCAACUACAGCAGCAUCAGCACCAAUCGGAGUACUUGCCCCACCAACAACAACAGCAACAGCAACAGCAACAGCAACAGCAACAGCAACAGGGCCAGCUACACCAGCUUCAUGUGCAAUCUCCGAUCUCCUGGCCAGCAAAUGACCGCGAGUUUAAGCGUAUGUCAAACUCGAAGCUGGUCCUCGAGAGAUCAUUUGAUCCCACUGAGCAGGACAUCUUUGAGGAUUACUAGUGUC